AUUGCACGUGUUGAGCAAGAUGAGCUUUUCUGUAACCACCUGGGAAGACGGUGGUACCAACCAAGGGCUUCUGCCUUACCUGGUGGCUCUGGAUCAGUAUCAGCUAGAGGAAUUCAAGCUUUGCCUGGAACCCCGGCAGCUGAUGGACUUCUGGUCAGCCCCCCAGGGGCACUUCCCGCAUAUCCCCUGGGCCAAUUUGAGAGCCGCCGACCCCUUGAAUCUGUCCUUUCUUUUGGACGAACACUUCCCAAAAGGUCAGGCAUGGAAAGUGGUCCUCGGCAUCUUCCAGACAAUGAAUCUGACCUCACUGUGUGAGGAAGUUAGAGCCAAGAUGAAAGGGAAUGUGCACACCCAGGAGCUCCAAGGUCCAACCCAAGAAGACGUGGAGAUGCUUGAAGCAGCAGCAGGGAACAUGCAGACCCAGGGAUGCCAAGAUCCAAACCAAGAAGAACCAGAGGAGCUAGAAGAAGAAACAGGGAAUGUACAAGUCCAGGGAUGCCAAGAUCCAAACCAAGAAGAACCAGAGAUGCUAGAAGAAGCAGACCACAGAAGAAAAUACAGAGAGAAGAUGAAGGCUAAACUUUUGGAGACAUGGGACAACAUCGAUUGGCCUAAAGAUCACGUAUAUAUCCGUAAUACAUCAGAGGGUGAACAUGAGGAACUGCAGUGCCUGCUGGAUCCUAAGAGGACUAGAACCCAGGCUCAGACGACAGUCUUGGUGGGGAGGGCAGGGGUUGGGAAGACCACCUUGGCAAUGCAGGUUAUGCUGCACUGGGCAAAUGGAGUUCUCUUUCAGCAAAGAUUCUCCUAUGUUUUCUUUCUCAGCUGCCAUAAAAUAAGGUACAUGAAAGAAACUACCUUUGCUGAAUUGAUUUCUUUGGAUUGGCCGGAUUCUGAUGCCCCCAUUGAAGAGUUCAUGUCUCAACCAGAGAAGCUCCUGUUUAUUAUUGAUGGCUUUGAGGAAAUAAUCAUAUCUGAGCCAAGCUCUGAGAGCUUGGAUGAUGGCUCACCGUGUACAGACUGGUACCAGGAGCUCCCGGUGACCAAAAUCCUACUCAGCUUGGUGAAGAAAGAAUUGGUUCCCCUGGCUACCUUACUGAUCACGAUCAAGACCUGUUUUGUGACAGAUCUUAAGCCCUCGUUAGUGAAUCCCUGCUUUGUACAAAUUACAGGGUUCACAGGGGAAGACCUGUGGGUAUAUUUCAUGAGACACUUUGAAGACUCAAGGGAGGUCGAGAAAAUCCUGCAACAGAUAAGAAAAAACGAAAAUCUCCUUCAUUCCUGCAGUGCCCCCAUGGUGUGUUGGACCGUAUGUUCCUGUCUGAAGCAGUCGAAGGUGAGGUAUUAUGAUCUCCAGUCAAUCACACAGACCACCACCAGUCUGUAUGCCUAUUUUUUCUCCAACUUGUUCUCCACAGCGGAGGUGGAUUUGGCAGAUGAAAGCUGGCCAGGACAAUGGAGGGCCCUCUGCAAUCUGGCCAAAGAGGGGCUGUGGUCUAUGAACUUCACGUUUGACAGAGAAGACACUGAGCUCGAGGGCCUGGAAGUGCCUUUCAUUGAUUGUCUCUACAAGUUCAAUAUUCUUCAAAAAGGCAACGACUGUAGGGAUUGCAUUACUUUCACCCACCUAAGUUUCCAGGAGUUUUUUGCAGCCAUGUCCUUCGUGCUAGAGGAACCUAGAGAACUCCUUCCCCAUUCCACAAAGCCACAAGAGAUGAAGAUAUUACUGCGAGAUGUCUUGCUCAACAAAGAAGCCUACUGGACUCCAGUGGUUCUGUUCUUCUUCGGUCUUUUAAAAAAAAACCUAGCAAGAGAACUGGAAGAUACUUUGCAUUGUAAAAUGUCUCCCAGGGUAACGGAGGAAUUAUUAAAGUGGGGAGAAGAGUUAGUUAAGGCUGAAAGUGCCUCUCUCCAAUUUCACGUUCUACAACUUUUUCACUGCCUACACGAGUCCCAGGAGGAAGACUUCGCGAACAAGAUGCUGGGUCAUAUCUUUGAAGUUGACCUUAAUAUUCUGGGGGACGAAGAUCUCCAAGCUGCUUCAUUUUGCCUAAAGCACUGUAAAAGGUUAGAUAAGCUAAGGCUUUCUGUUGGCAGUCACAUCCUUGAAAGGGACUUGGAAAUUCUGGAGACAAGCGAGGUUGAUUCCAGGAUGCACGCAUGGAACAGUAUUUGUUCUACAUUGGUCACGAAUGAGAAUCUGCAUGAGCUAGACCUGAGUAACAGCAAACUUCAUGCUUCCUCUGUGAAGGGUCUCUGUCUUGCACUGAAAAAUCCAAGAUGCAACGUCCAGAAACUGACGUGCAAAUCGGUAACUCCCGAGUGGGUUCUGCAGGACCUCAUUCUUGUCCUUCAGGGUAACAGCAAGCUGACCCAUCUGAACUUCAGCUCUAACAAGCUGGGAGCAACUGUCCCCCUGAUUCUUAAAGCUUUGAAACAUUCAGCUUGCAACCUCAAGUAUCUGUGCCUGGAGAAAUGUAACCUGUCGGCGGCCAGCUGUCAGGACCUGGCCUUGUUUCUCACCAGCAUCCAACACGUAACUCGAUUGUGCCUGGGAUUUAAUCAGCUCCAAGAUGAUGGCAUCAAGCUGUUGUGUGCGGCCCUGACUCACCCCAAGUGUGCCUUAGAGAGACUGGAGCUCUGGUUUUGCCAGCUGGGAGCACCCAGUUGCAGGUACUUGUCAGAUGCUCUCCUGCAGAACAGGAGCCUGGCACACCUAAAUCUGAGCAAGAACCGCCUGGGAGAUGAGGGAGUCAAGUUCCUGUGUGAGGCCUUGGGUCACCCGGAUUGUAACCUGCAGAGCCUGAAUUUGUCAGGUUGUUCUUUCACAAGAGAGGGCUGUCAAGAGCUGGCUAAUGCCCUCAGGCAUAAUCAUAACGUGAAAAUCUUGGAUUUGGGACAAAAUGAUCUUCAGGAUGAUGGAGUGAAGCUACUGUGUGAGGCUCUGAAACCUUCACAUCGUGCGUUGCACACACUUGGGUUGGCAAAAUGCAAUGUGACAACUGCUUGCUGCCAGCAUCUCUCCUCGGUUCUCAGCAGCAGUAAAAGCCUGGUCAAUCUGAACCUUCUAGGCAAUGAAUUGGAUCCUGAUGGUGUCAAGAUGCUAUGUAAGGCUUUGAGAAAGUCGACAUGCAGGCUGCAGAAACUCGGGUAA